AUGGCUGUUUCCUUAGUGAGAUUAUAUGAACAAAUGCCGGAACGAAAAUAUGUUAUUGCUAUGGGAGCAUGUACAAUUACAGGGGAAAUGUUCGGUACCGAUUCUUAUAGCACUGCUCGGAGAGUCGAUAAGCUAAUUCAUUUGAACUCUUGUCCAAGAGACUGA